GUAGCGCUCCGGGGCACGACUCAAGAAAAUUUAUACUUUAAUUUACUUGUAAUGAAAUAGAUUAACCUUGUUGCCAACGGGAAUCAUUAUAGGCCUAUAUCUUCUAAAAGACUGACCGAAUUCUUUCCGGUAUUCGACCAACAUUAUUUACAAAAAAGUGAAGAAUGGCUUUUCCUUCGCGACUGACCCUAAGUGGCAUCCCCUUCCGAUACCUACUCAACUUCUUCUCAGCGAUUCAGUCCUUAGCCGUUAUCCUGGACAAUUCUGAUGAGAGUGUUGGCAGAGAGGUUCUACGUGCACUAGGCUUAAGAGAGAUUCAGAGGAACUAUCUGUAUGACAGAUAUCGACGACCAAUCUAUGAAGCGUUGAUAUGGCGUCGCAACUGGAAGGGAACUGUUCAAGAUUUUUACAGGGUUCUGAGUUCGACUAAUCAGACGGAGGCUUUACAGACGUUGUACGCCUUUCUCCGUGAGAACCUGAAUGACCGUCGGCAUGUACCAGAAAGAGCAACAAAGGCGAACUGGGCAAUCUUACUGAAUUCAACGCAGUAUAGGAUCUCUCCCGAGAUUUCUUGGCCCCGAGUUUUCGUGAAAACAUACUUCUUUCCUAUCUGUAACCGCGUGCAGGAGAUUGUCUACAUGGUGUUCCCAUUCAGCACGGCUUAUGCGUCUGACAUGUACCGGUCUAUAAGCAACCUGCUGAACAACAUGAAUAUCGGCAUUUUGUUCCUGACCGUAGUACAGAACGCAAUAACCAUCUGCCGGGAGGGACGUCUCCAAAACUCGGUAACCAUCUUCAUCUCUGUCUCUCUCUGGAUCAAGCUUUACCUCAUGAAGGAACCUUUCAAUCAACUAAGAGAAAUGGUACCAUCGGGAAACGAUGAGCAAAAACUCCGAAGGGCCGACUUUCUCUACAAGGAGAUACGAAUCGCAUUGCUCUUUGUGUUCUUCUUCAAGCUGGCGCUUGUUAUGUUCGGUUGUGCCUUGUUCUACGCCUUCCCAGAUUUCCUCCUUGAAGAUCUUCAAAGCAGGACGACUCAGUUCGCCUUGUUUCUGUUCGUCUUUGAGUUGGCCCAUAAUGCAUUCUAUUUGUUUGCAUUCUAUAGGGACUCUAAUAUUUUCCGUAUCAUCAAUGAUUUGUUUCCUAUGUAGGAAAUAUUUAAAGUCGCACAUUCAUGGCUGAAUUAAUACAGUGUGUAAAAGUAUGCAAAUUUACGUGUUUUCCUUAGCGAGUCUCCGAAUAUGUUAGAUUUUUGUGUAUGUCAUAACACAUAAUUUUUUCGUAGGUUUGGAAUAGCCGCAAUUGAGGUAUUUCUUGUUGUUGUGGAAACAAAGCAUACAGAUGUGUAUAUAUAUAUAUAAAUGAAAAAUUAGAACUCAUGUCUUUCAAUAAAUCCAAUUUUAAGCAACUUUAAACUCCAUAUGAAACUCAUAUCCAGAUUUUGCUGGCAUUAUAUUUUAAGAAAACAAAUAUGCAACAUUUUAUUUUAAGGGGAAGUUUUGAAGUUGGGGAAAGAAAAUACAUUAUAGUUCUAAAACAGAUGGUGUAAAUUUCUGCAAAAUAUAUCCUUUCCAAGAGGAAUGCUCCUAUUAUAAAUGUGAUCAUAUACCAAAUUCAGUCACAUUGGCCGGGGCCUGACCCCCUUGACCAAAGACGCGCGAGACCGAAAUUCGUUUGGGUCUCCUUACCAAAUUCAAUAUUGCAGUAUUUAUCUCUCUUUUCUUUAAAGCAUCUCUUUAAAAAACUCUUGUAUCGAAAUAUCAACAUAAUUGAUUUCAAAAUGCAAUAUGCCAUUAUUGACAUUUUCACUUAAAUUUCACCCUGAGAUUUUUCUUUUGAGGCCGCCAUCCUAUAAUAAUAAUAAUAAUAAUUAUAAUAUUUAAUUUUUAUAUAGCGCUUAAAAUGUCUCUAAGCGCUUAGUCAUGCGCCGCUUAUGGUGCCGAUCUCCAGUGCACUUUUCCACAGAUAUUUUGGAAAAUUCUCUUGAUAUAUGAUAUUAUACAUGUAUUAUAGAAAUAUUAAGUUUAUUUUGUGUAAAUAAAAAUUUUGUACAUCAGAUUUUGACAUGAAAUUAUUAUUGUUUACAUGUUUGUAAUAAUACCUAAGGCUUUAUGUUCAGUUAUUUUAUUUGGAAAAAUUGUACUAAACCUUACGUUUACAUAUUUAGUUAUUGUAUCGCGCCUUUGAAUGUUUUUUGAAACAGAUAUAUGGCGCCAUACUGUUCAUCAUCAUCAUCAUCAUUUGGAAAAAUGCAAAAACAAAAUGAAUAAAAUAUACAAAUAUUUCGGAUGCGUACGGUUGACAAAUUACGUACAUUUAUUUACCGUUUACAAGACAAUGCAUAAAUAAUUGUAAAAACCAUACUGAGCAUAGUUUUAUCAUGACACUUUUUUUUUAAAGCACCCUUGCAACUGUGGAAGUGUUGUCAUUAAUUUUGCCGAUGUUAAUGUGCCUUCAGGCUAUAAAAGAAUGCUCUUGGGUUUUUUUUUUCACUAGACAUGCAAUCAAUAACCUUAUGAACUGAGUUUGCUAAUAUAAGAACUUGCUCUUCAUGUUCAUGGGGCUGUUCGUAUUUCCAUAGGACGAUAGGCAUGCGUGCAUACUUUAUUCUUUUAGAAUCAAUAGAACAGGCUUUAUGCUACUUUAUCAAGUCGUAUUUACUACAUGUACAAGACGCAUUAUUAGGUAGUUGCAAUACAGACGAUGUGUGUAGCAACAAAAUUAUACGGGUUGCAGUUGCUAAAUCCAUGCAACGACUCUUUGUUCUUUUAGUAAUUUGUUUAUAUCAAUACAAUUGUUUUACACGAAAUAUUUCAUUGUAGUCAUUUAUACUGUGUCUAUUAUAUUUUUGUUUACAUGGUUUGUAUGAUAUAUAGGCCUAAUUAGAUUAAAAAUUGUAAUGAAAUAUAAAAUGAUUUUGUGAGAGACUAUGUUUAAUAAACUCUUGAUAGAAAA